CCUUUUUCUGGCACAGCCUCAUCGCGGCAGCGGAGAACCCUGUGGCUGUGGCGCCGGGGCGAGCCGAGAAGUGCCCGUCGGCUUCCCGAGAGCUUAACCCGAGCUGCACCUGGUCCCUCCGGCCAAGCGCCUCUCCCGCGCGCCCUCGCCCUUUCUCGCCUUGCGCCUUUUGUUUUGUUUCGCUCUCGCUUUCCAGGAUGUCGGAGAAGCCCGCCGAGGAGGCUCCGGUGGAGCUGGGGGCCAAGGUGAGGACCAAGCUGGGAUCAAGACCCCGGGGCGAGGGCGCCCAGUGCUCGAUUGCAACGAAGCAGGCGGAUAGGUGCUGGUGGCGGAGCUCGCCCUUGCCCUGCUGCGCUCGGGAUCGAUGGCAGAGAGGGCGCAAGCUGGUUGUGGGGAAACAGUUACGAAGAGAAGACUCGAGGAGGGUGGCGUGCGUGCGCCUUGCUCCCCGCGCCCCCGCGCCCGCCUUUCUUCCGACGCCUUUCCACGCGUCUCCCGAACGACCCGCUUUUCCUUUUCCCCCCCUGGUCCCCUUACAAGCGAGCUGUCGGCUGGGAUCCGGGUCAGGAAAAGAAAACGCACGCCCUUCGACGGGCAGAGAGCGGCGUGCGGGCAUUGCGCUCUCGCCGCCCUCUCGUGCCCGUCACCUUCGCGGCCAAUACGGUGCGCUUGGCUAUCUGGGGCGCGUUUGCUUUCUGCCCAAAGUCUCUAGGGUUUGUGAGAACCGGGGAAGAAUGCACGUGUCAGUUGGGUGCCCCAAGCUGUGCCAAAGGCGGAGAGCUUUUCUUUUCAUCCUAGUGCCAUUAAUCAUCAUGGAGACCGGGCGGGGAGGAGGGGGCGGUCACCUUUCAAACCAUGCGCCCACCUGGGUUGGGUGGGUGAACCCUUAGUGUUAAGAAGGGGGGCACAGUUUUCAACAAGGACGCCGAACCUCCCAUCCGGCGGACUACGAAAACAGACGCCUAAACCGCUUCGCUUUAUUAGGAAACAAAAACAGUGAAGCGGAGACGCGCAGCACAAAGCCAGGAAAAGAUGGAAGGCAAUUAAAGAGCGCGCGCGCGCCGGGAUGUGCGUGCGCCCGCCUGCCUGCCUGCCUGCUUGCUUGCUUGCCAACAUAUGGGUCGUUUUCCCCGCAACCAUGUUUCUUGUCUGCGAAGGCAUCGGACCUUAUGUCUUCGCUUGCUUUGGAGUUCCUGACUUUGUUUUGUGUCCAUGUGCGCGCAAGCUGCGGAGACACGUGUUAUCUCCGCGUCGUGGGAACUGUAGCUUGGGUCUUGCAAGAAGGCUGCCCGCUGCGGGUGAAGCGGGAAAGUAGGUUGCGGGGCAAGGUCACCCCGAAGAGUAAGACAACACAACCUUCGGGAAGCCACGUGACUCCCUAAGAGGGUGGGGGGGGCGGUUAGCGCCGCGUGGGAUUUGCUCCUGGUAUAUUUACGAAUGCUGGAUUGGAAACGUUAAUUGAAGAGGGGGUGGGGAGAGAAGGGAAAGAUUAAACGAGGGAAGCAGUAGGAAUUCAGUGCCGCCAUGCCAUUAAUAGGUCUCUGUCCAGCUUCUUCGCUCUGUUGUAGCAGAAUGGAAGCAGGAACGUGUAAAGCUGCAAUCCUACGCACGUGUACCUGGCAGUAAUUCUGAGUAAACAUGCAAUUUCUCUGCAGGGCAUACCAGGGCAUAGGAUUCUCUGGCCUGCCAGAAAAAAGGGAGAAAAAGAUAAAAGGCAAAGGCAAACAGUACUCAAACUGUGUUCCAGGGAUUGGGACUUGCAUAAUAUUUUUUGAUAGUCAGGCAGUCUCCUCUCCUGCACUGUAGGGAUAGUAAUUGAUUAAAACAACCUUAAGGGCAGCCAGGGACAUGGCCAUAAAUCAAAGUUACAUGCUGCUCAGACUUGCUUCUACAGUACUGUACAUCUCUUUCUCGAUUUGCAUGAGAAAGCUAAAGAUAGUUCCACAGCUUUGAAAAUAGUCUUCCACACAAGACAGGACAGCCUUUCCCCAGAUUUUAGUUAACAUACAAAACCAGGUAUCUAAUUGUGUGCAAUCUUUGCAGAAGCAAAGCCUUGGGGCGCCUUGUUCCCAGGUUCGCCUUAUCUUUGGUAGCAGUGGUUGGAUCACAACACUUCAGUCAGUUUUGUUGUUCUUUUACAUCAUACAAAUUAUGGCCCUGUGAGAUGGUCAGUGACGGGUCUUGCAUACUACAUCACUUAUGGAAGGUUUUAUGGGCUAUUGUCCUUACAUACCAUUCCUAAGAACACAACCCUUCCAGCUGCGAGUUCAAAAAAUGACCAGCGGGAGGAAAAUCUGUCUGUUUUUAUAAGAGAAACCCCAGAACCCCUGUCAGUUACUAUUCAUUAUGCCCCAGGCUUUGGGAGUGGCCAUGGAAAAUGUUUGCCGUUUGUCUUUGUGCAAAAGGAAGAAGCUACUUUUGAUUCUGAAAGCAUAGAAAAAUGGUUCUGGUUAGAGGAUUAGCUAUGGAAAUCUCAGAUGCUGGCUUGACCCUGGAAUGAUCAAUCUGGGUUAGACUACCUCAUAUCUAGGCCAGUGUUCCAUCUUCCUCAGUAGCAGGUUUUAGAAGCCUCGUGCCUGAGUUUUGAAAGCGUAUUAUGCCCUCUAGUGGAACAUUUAUGGGAUCAUUUGUCCUAUAUGGCAACGUUUCUUACCACGGAUGCCUCCUUACAAAGGCUUACCUCUCUCGCACCAUCUAAUUAAGGUUUUUCUACUUUGUAGUCCUGCACAAAGGUGAAGUUGUUUUAGGGCAUAGCUGGGUUUCCACCAGAACUGGUGCAAGGGCUCAGUGUUGGCACAAAUCAAAAAGUGUGCAAAAAGGUGCACAUUUCCACCCUAUAAAACCCUUUAUGGAGAGCAAAAUAAAAAUUCUAGAGUAACCCUGGGAUAUGUUCCCUGCCUUAUGUCCUACUGUCUUUGCCUAUUCUCCUUUCUCAGAGGGCGGUGCAUGUUUAGCAAUCCUAUUUUAAACCUGGUAUGUAAGUUUCUUGCUUGUUAUCUGCACAAAUAACUAAUGGGAUGAUGUUUCAGUAUGUUAAAUUGCACAUUCCCCCGUGUGUGUGUUUUAAAGAAAGCAGCUUAGUGUAGUAUAGUAAUUAAGGCCCCAGGUUCUUAUCUCGUUUCACCCAAGAACAAAACCACUCUUCUCUCAGAUACAACUCUUCAGCCACAACAUGCAGAUAAUAUUGGCUUAUCCUAUCUUACAAGGCUCUGUCAGAAGAAUUUUGGAGAUAAAUAUGAAAUAUCAGAACACUUGUAGGGAACAGACUGCAUAAACAUACUGCUGUUCUUACCUAUAAACAGUCAAUAGCCAAGCAAAAAUCUUAUAUUUCUCCCCCCUAAGGACAGUUACUAGCACAACAUCUGCUAUCUAUUUCAGAGAAUUACUUGUUUGCUGUACACCUGGACACCUCUUGAGACAUCCUAGCCAAAUUUUGCAUGUUGGUUCCUGAGAUAAAGGAGCAGGUUUUCGCCUGUGUUUGGAUACAGUUGGACACCAUUUUGAAUCAAGAUGAUGAACCGAACCUUAACUGCACUGCUUUAAAAGCUGUGCUGAUUCUCUGGGUUUCUUAGCGCUCAGGAGCAACACCAGAUGGGAGGUUGCUGAUAGAUGUAUUAAUAACUAAAGUCAAAUAAGUUGUUGCCCAUGAAAGUCUGGUCUACAUCAUAAGUGCAUUGACCAGCAGUGUAGACAUUUCUGAUUAGACAUCUCUCUCUCUCUUUUUUUUUAAUGAUAUUUAUUAAAAUUUCAAAAGAAAGAGAUCACAUUAAUAAGAAAAUUAACAAUAAAAAGAAAAAUACAAAAUACCAAGUACAAAAAAGAAAAAAACAGUUAAAAACAAUUCCAUCUUUUCAUCACUUCUUUUACGUUUACUUGUUUCCCGGACCUCCUCAUACCUCCCUCUUUUGUAUUCCAAUUCAGUUUGUUAGUCCAGCAAUUCCUUUCCCUCCUUUUUAAUCCUGAUCUUUAAUCUUGAUGUAUUAUAACAUUAAUUUUUUACCUAUUAAAAACCAAUUUUUCCAAUUCUUUUAAACCAUUACUGCUAGAAACCGCUUAACUUCAAUCCGUCAUCAUUCUAACAUUCAUUAAUUUUACAAUAUUUCUGUAAGUAGUCUUUAAAUUUCUUCCAAUCUUCUUCCACCAACUCUUCUCCCUGGUCUCGGAUUCUGCCAGUCAUUUCCGCCAAUUCCAUAUAGUCCAUCAUUUUCAUCUGCCAUUCCUCCAGUGUGGGUAGAUCUCGUGUCUUCUGAUUAGACAUCUCAUGCUAGUCUCUGUAAACGGCAGGGUGAAGUGGGUGUUGAAUUUAAAUCCCAAUCAGUCUCAGCCGGCAAGGGCAAUUGUUCAGGGGAUGAUGAGAAUUGCAGUCCAACACCAUAUGCGAUGGGACGGCUUCCCCAGAAGUUUAAAAAAACAAAACGAGUUCCUUUUUAGAAAGAGCUAAAUUUUUAACUUCCAAAAAUGCUCUCUGAAGGAUCUUAAUGAUGUUCAUAGUGGCAUAUAAACAAACAAACAACAACAAACCCCGGGCAUAGGCAGCCCUAAAAUGAGGUGCUGUGAGGUGGCUGACAGAUUUCAUGCGUAAUAAUAAAUGACUUGGAAGUAAUUUUGUGCAAGCUCCAGUGGAAUGAAUGGGAGCCGCGUGGCAGCAGGCUGGCAGAUUGCGACACAUGUUAAUUAGUGGGAGGAAGCGCCCAUUUGAAUUAUCAGUCUUGGGCACCAAAACGUCAUGGGCCAUAGUUAAAUCACACCAUGACCACUGAAUGUUGGCAAGCCUUCAGAUGGUCUUCCACUGCGAGGCUUCUACAGCUUGAAAAACGUUGCCUAGGUUUCCCUAUUUGUCACAGUGACAAGGCUCUCUUAAUCUCAGUGAUACACUGUGGGCAAUUCUAAAAGGAACAUUUCCUUUUUGAAAUGCUUAAACAUGUCGCCUUUGGUAUUCAGCGAUCUGUUCUCCUAUUGCCAGUAAUCGAGCCACGCCCUCUUCACCGAUUUCAUUAUUUCUGUCUUAUUAUUACGCAAUUCCUGCUUCUUCAUAUUAGCCCUUCUUUACAGCCCCUCUAGUAUUAAGCACACGUAUUUCUCUUCCUGUCUUCCAGGACCUGAAAGAAAAGAAGGAAAAGCAUGAGGAAAAGUCUACCCGCAAAGAAAAAAAGGAGAUAAUAGAGGUAACUGGGCAGAUAUUUGGUCAGGCAUAGGCAAACUCUGCCCUCCAGAUGUUUUGGGACUACAACUCCCAUCAUCCUUGACCACUGGUCCUGUUAGCUAGGGAUGAUGGGAGUUGUAGUCCCUUGCCUAUGCCUGUAUUUGGUUGAGAAGCAGAGAGAGAUGGGAGAGCAUGGCAAGGAAGACAGCAAAGUGAGGGCGUGCACAGGCAAAGGCUUAAAAAAAGAGCCACCAGGGUUUUGGUUUUGCCUCUUCUGACUCUUCACAUAGUUGCCUCAGCCAUGAGUGCUGGUUUCCUCUUGCCAUUUAUCUUGCUUCACCCCUGAUGGUCUUGUUUAUAGCACCAUUUGUACAGCUGUAAUUGAAAAGAUCCUAUGGUGCCUGAUGUUUUUAAAGAUUUAUUCAUUUUUUUCAACCUGCAAAUGCUUCUGAGGAGAGAGGGGAGGCUUCUUCGUGAUGCCAAAAGUGCCAAACUGAGCAGCUCUCUCCACAUGUGCUAUUUUUUUUACGCCCAUAUAGACUUCUCCUAAGAAAAACUGGAAAAAUUAGUACCAUCUAGAGGCAACAGAUUAUCUAGGGGUGCAGGCUGGGGGAAAGCAGAAUAGGCAAAGGAGUGCCUACCAGGAUAUACGGUUGGAUUGAAGGAUUUCCAAGUCCUGCCACUUUGGGGCUCCAACUUGCAGAGAUAGGAAAGGGGAACAGGAUCUGCCCUUUCUCCUCUCCUGAUCCAUCAAAUCAGCAGAAGAGAAAAGGGCUAUCUAUUUGCUGCAGCAGGUUAUCAACCCUGCUCCCCUGAAGGCUGUGGACAACUCUGUGGUCGGCAGACAUGCCAACAAGUGUAGCUUUUCUUUUCUUUUUCUUUUUUCUUUUAAUAAAUUUUAUUUAUUUAUUAUUAUAAAAUACACACAUAUUGCGAAUAUACAAGCAUACAAACAUACAUUUCAUACAAUCCUUAAAUAUAUACAAACAUACCUACAUUCAGUCCCACAGAUAAUUCCUUUUCCCAUCACCAUCCACCACCCCUCACCCCACCUUUGUGUUAGGGAUUGGAAGGUGUUUAAACCAUAUUGAAAAAUCAGAACUCCUAUUAGAAUAAACAAGUUCCAUUUUAAAUACUGAAAUACUAAAUAAGAUGGAUAACAAUGUGUAACAGAAAAAGAAGCAUGAAAUUAGGUUAAAGGUGUGUGAAAGAAAGUAAUAGAAGUGGAAAGAAAUUGCAAUUGAGUAGAUUGGAAGUCUAACACAAAAGUGUAGCUUUUCUUGUGAUGGAGAUCUGCCGGGAAACUGCAUCCACUGGGCGAGGAGGGUCACUUAAUUUUGGGGGCAGGGGCGGGGGUGGAGGAAUCUGCCAUCCAGCAGAGCCCCCGCUGAGGUAGGAGGGGAAAGGUGGCAAUCUUAGCUGCCCUGGAGAAUUAGAAUGUGUGGGGCCAUCAGGCAGAGCUGCUGUCUAGCACUGCAUCCUGCUCCUUAGACAGGUAUUCUGAGACCUACUGGAGAGGUUUAGGUGCUAAGAAUUAGAAAGUGGGGUUCAUACUGACUUCUCUAGGAUGCAAAAAUACCUCUUGUGGAGGGCGGCGGGGAGAGCAAGAAACAGAGGCGGUUUUAGGGUAGUCCGGCCUCCCUGGGUGCCACGCUGCAGGGGGUGCCACAACAGUGCUGUAGAAUGUAGUGUGAGAGGUACGGGAGCGCCAAAUUUUAGCGUCGCCCAGGGCACUGCUGAAAUUUGAAAGCCCAAAGUGUGCCACUGCAGUGAGUGGGUGGCUAUAUAGUCAGUCCCAAGAGGAUGAGCUGGGUUUGCACGACUGCAAGAGUUUCUUGUGCUCUCUGCAUCAACCACAAUAAGAUGAGAUGAAGAAGUCCCUAAAUGAAAAAAAUAAGUCUUAAUGUGGGGUGGCGGUUUCUUUAGUACAGGGGUCAGCAAACGUUUUCAGCAGGGGGCCAGUCCACUGUCCCUCAGACCCUGUGGGGGGCCAGACUAUACUUUUUUUGGGGGGGGGGAAUGAACAAAUUCCUCUGCCCCACAAAUAACCCAGAGAUGGAUUUUAAAUAAAAGCACACAUUCUACUCAUGUAAUAACACGUUUCCUGGACUGUCCGUGGGCCGGAUUUAGAAGGCAAUUGGGCCAGAUCCGGCCCCCGGGCCUUAGUUUGCCUAGCCAUGCUUUAGUACCUAGCUUGAGAAGACCCAUGUUCCAAUCAAUGUUGCAUUCUGUGGCCAAGCAGUUGCUUCUGGGAGAUAGGUACAGAAAUACCUAUUGCUUUUCCUUGCCUCUCCCCUACUUCCCACCCUCCCUCACAGAGCUAAUAAGCUUCAGGAGAUGGGGGUUUAGACUUGGCAAAAGGUUCAGACCCUCUCCCAGAGUACUGCUUUCCUCAUCCUCAAAAUAGCUCUGCAGAAAGACUAAAAUCAAGGGAAAUCCCAGUCACUGAUCUUCUGCAUCACAUCUAAUUUGAAGAUCACAGCUGUUGCUAGUUCUGUUCUCCGUACCUGCUGGGUGAGCACAGCCUUGGUUAGGAGAAGGCUCUCAGCUAAGAGUCCAUGUGUGCUAUGCGCAGAUACUGCUGUCUCCUGAUCAGGGUCAGAUUUGCUGAAUGAACAUCCACACAUCCUAGUGUCAGCCUUUCUCAUGCCCCGACAAGAACCAACGUGGAAGUUCACCCCGAGAGGAGAGCUGUGUUUUGAAUACGAGCAGGGGCUGUGUAAGGAAAACUGGCAAGAGGCGAAUAUGGCCAGAAAUGAAACAGAAUUCUCGUCAUCCUCUGUAAAGAACAGAGACUCAAAGUGUAAAGGGGACAGUGCAGGGAGUUGCUUAAGCCACAACCAGCUCCUCUGAAGAGGAGUAGGGUAUCAGUGUGACAGUAAAUGAAAUAAAUAUAAAUUGAGCAGAAUCAGUCCAGUAUAUCUGAAGGAGCGUCUCCACUCCCAUCGUUCUACCCGGACACUGAGGUCCAGCUCUGAGGGCCUUCUGGCGGUUCCCUCACUGCGAGAAGCCAAGUUACAGGGAACCAGGCAGAGGGCCUUCUCAGUAGUGGCGCCCUCCCUGUGGAACGCCCUCCCACCAGAUGUCAAAGAGAACAACAACUACCAGACUUUUAGAAGACAUCUGAAGGCAGCCCUGUUUAGGGAAGCUUUUAAUGUUUGAUGUAUUACAGUAUUUUAAUAUUUUUUGGAAGCCGCCCAGAGUGGCUGGGGAAGCCCAGCCAGAUGGGUGGGGUAUAAAUAAUAAAAUUAUUAUUAUUAUUAGAAUUGUUGGGCUCUGGAAAGUGGAAAUUAAGACGGGGAUGAGCUUUUGGGAAGGCAGAGCAUGUGCCGGAGACACUGACACAACUGCUGCCUUCUGUGGGUUUGCAUUCUACAGGACGAUGAGAAUGGAGCCGAGGAAGAGGACGAGGAGGAAGACGCAAAUCCUGAGGAUGUGGAUGAUGAUGAGGACGAGGAUGAAGGUGAGAGUGAGCAAACCGCUUGUGAGCUGUGCUAUAAAUGAAUGCUGCCUUCCGUGGCUGGUUGACUGAUCUAACGUGUGUUUCCCCCCCUCCCCUUCUCAAUUCCAAGACGAUGAGAACGAACAGGAGCCAGAUUCGCAUGCAGUGAAGCGAUCUGCGGAGAAGAAGCAGGAAGAGGUUAGUAGAAACGAUGCCAAGGAUGGCAGGAAGGGGGAGAGUUCUGUUCCGCCGAAGAACUAAGGGGACGUAUGAGGAACAAGUCCACCCCAAGGCACUUGGCUUUCUAAGGCACAGAACAAGAUGGUGCUGCCCCCCAGUUCCAAGUACACAACCCAGCUGGAUUGAUAGAUGACCCUGAACAACGCGUAACUCUCAUCUUGCGCCGGGGUUCGGUUGCGGGGGGGGGGGGUCCACGUGUAAACGCAUAAAGGCAGGAAACCUCCCCCCGCCGAACAACCCCACCCCAAGGUGGAGGGCUGCUUAUCCUGUAGCGUGAGAGCUCUGGCCAUGUCUCAAAGCUGGUUAAGCUCACAAUUGCAGCUGUGGGGUGGGGUGGGGUGAAUAAAUACAGUGGUACCUCGGGUUAAGUACUUAAUUUGUUCCGGAGGUCCGUUCUUAACCUGAAACUGUACUUUACCUGAAGCACCACUUUAGCUAAUGGGGCCUCCUGCUGCUGCCGCGCCGCCGGAGCACGAUUUCUGUUCUCAUCCUGAAGCAAAGUUUUUAACCCGAGGUAAUAUUUCUGGGUUAGCGGAGGCUGUAACCUGAAGCGUAUGUAACUUGAAGCGUAUGUAACCCGAGGUACCACUGUAAAUGGAGAACGGGUUUCCUCUGCUCUCCAUUUAUAUAUUAAUUUAUUAAAUCUGGGUGUUUUUGAAGACUGCAAGGCGGUUCGCAACACAAGAACGCAAAAUGAGACCACAAAAUGCACCAUAAAACCAAAACAUACCAAUAACCCCCCGCUCUCCCACGGAUGGAUUUAAAAGGCCAUGGAAUGGUCAAUCAGCCCAAGACCUGGCUGAAAAGGAACACUUUCGCCUGGCGCCUUCAUUAUCUUUAGCUUCCCUGGGGAGAGCAUCGCACAAAUGGAGAACCGCUGUAGAAAAGGCUGGUUCUCAUGUUGCCCCCCCCGACUUCUCGUGGGAGAGGCACCCAAAGCAGGGCCUCAGAUGAUGAUUGCAGGGUCUGGGUGGGUUCAUGUGGGGCGAGGCGAUCCUUGAGGUGUUGUGGUCCUGAGUCCUUGAAGGCUUUUUCUAGGUCAAAGCUGGGCGCUUCUUCUAAGGGCUGAGGCCUUGCCCUCCCAGCGGCUACUCACAGGUAGAUGACAGAACAGCUCUAGGCAAUUUGUAAUGCGAAGUCGGCCAUUAAACAUGUUGCGGCAAGCCAAAGGCACGGCCGUCUGUGAAACGUGAAUUGCUCACUCCCAUUUGGUGGAAGUGAGGUAACGGCACAUCUAUCAUUUAUUUAUGUGAAGCUUUUAGACCCCACCCUUGAGCCGAGCAGGCUCCCAGAGUGGCUUGGGAAGAUCGAUAGCAGACUUGCAAUCUAAAAAGGCAUGACAUACUAGGGAAAAUGAUUGCCGGGGAGGCGGUGGACAAGCUUCCUUAGACACCGGGUUUUAAAGCUGUCAUUCUUAUAAAGCAGUUCUGUCUAGGCAAAUUCUGGCUGUCCGGAAGAACAGCAGCCCCUCCCUGGAAGCACCCAUCCCCCCUGAAACCAAAUUUGGGGGGCUUUGCACUGUGCUUCAGUGCUUUUCCUGAUCCUCAAUUCACCCACAAACUCCCUGCACAGUUUCCUACAGAUCACAUCUCUGCACCUCAGUGCUGCACACACUGGUGUGUCAACGUGCAAAGCUGCUGGUAACGUGCAGACGUGCAAAGCUCGGGAAAUACUACUGCCUCGUUCGAGUCCUUUUGUGAUUAGAGAUAAAACAGGAGAUGCCCACACUGCAGAAGAUAACCUUCAGAGUUCCACAUCUACUCUCAGCCCUGCAUUUGCAUUGCACCACAUGCUAGGGUUUCAGGGCAGAAAACAGCUCAAAUAGCUCAAGUUUUGACCUAGUCCGCUAUAGACAGUGCAGGCUACAAGUGGGUUUCCCCUUCCCUGCCUCUUCAUUGCAUACUGGAAAGAACACUGCCAACAUCUCCUUAACCGCAACUCCCCCAUAGCUGCUGAGGUCCUCUCACAAAUUCCACAAAAACAAGUUAGAGAUGAGCUUGCAGUAUCCCCAAAUCUGGGAGAGUUGUGUACAGGUAUUAACCAAAUGAAAAGCAAGAAAGCCAGUGGGCCUGAUGGGGUACCUUCUGAAAUCUUCAAAGUGGGUGGAAUUGAACUUGCACAACAACUUCACAAGCAUACAGUGGUACCUCAGUUUAAGAACAGUCCGGUUUAAGAACGAUCUGGUUUACGAACUCUGCAAAACUGAAAGCAGUGUCCCGGUUUGAGAACUUUACCUCGGUCUAAGAACAGAAUCUGAACGGUGGAAGGGCACCGGUGGCGGCAGGCCUCAUUAGCGCCUCGGUUUAAGAACGGACUUCUGGAACGGAUUAAGUUCGUAAACCAAGGUACCACAGUACUUGUUCGUUUGUUACAUUUGUGUCCUGCCUUUCCUCCAAGAGUCUCAAGAUGGCGCACGUGGUUCGUCUCUCUAUUUUACCCUCACGGCAACCCUGGGUGCAUGAAAUAUAAGUUCCACUAGGCAGCACAGAAUUUUUUAGGAUUCUCCGAACUCUUGGAGACACAUGGUUUAUGGCUUAUGACUAAAUGCAUCCAUGUUUUUGUUGUUGUUAUUCUUGACAGGACGAAGUGGACCCAAAGAGAAAGAAAACAGAAAACGGCUCUUCAGCUUGAUCUCCUCCCUUCCCCCCCUUCUCCACUAUCUGUACCCCCCCAUCUUCCUUCCUCCACCUGUGCAGGCCCCCACUUCUGUGCUGUAGCCACAGAGGACGAGAAGGGGUCACAAAAGGCUUUCCAACGAGGACAGAGGAAGCUGAAGAUGGCUCUUUCCUAGCCCCGAGAUCUGUUCCAUAUUACAGUGCUCCCUACAGCUGCUGAUUUCUUCCUUUCCCCCCCAUUCGAAUAUCCCCAAUAUCCAGAAACAUUGCCCCCUCCUUCUUCCCAAUCACCCUCUCAAAAUUGCUGCCUAACUGGAGAUCCUCACAUGCCUCUGCUUUUUGAUACAUCUUCUGUAAACUUCUUCUGCCCUGGACAAAUUCCCGCCUCCCCCCCCACCUUCCCCCUUCUUUUCUUUGGCCCCUUACAGAAUUCCACAAAUGCGGUGUGGAAAUUUUAUGGUGCUGAAAUGUUAAAUUGGGUCCAGAGCCUGGGAUGUAAAAGGGGGCAGGGAACCUUGCAGUGAUUUGUUCCUGUGUCCUGUGCCUGGUUCCCUUUCCAUUGCUGGGAAAAGGCAAAUAUAUAAAUAUAUAUAUACAUAUAUAUACACAAUUUAAAUGUGUUUUUAAGUAAAACAUAGACAAGAUUUUCAUUAUUAAUACAUUUUUGUACAAAUUUACAAGGCAGGCAACAAGCUGGAUCUGGUCGACAUUUUUUUCUUCUUCCAGAAGGCGAAGCUUGUUUUUAAAUGUGUAAAGUAAUAAUGUGACUCAGUGUGUGUGUUCCUCAUUUUGGGUUGUUUUUAAAUUAAAAAAAAAUUAGGGACCAAAUUUUGAUUUCUCCCUUGUUCCUUUCAGGGUCUUUAGUUGUUUUUGUUUGUAAAUUAACGCAGACCCAUCUGCAGUAUUUUCUAUGGCACAGACAUUAAGAGGAUGAGAAAUAUAAAUAUAUAUAUUGUUUAGCACUGUAAAUAAAAACCUUUCAAAAAGAUUUC